GGCUUUGCAAGUCAGGAAAUCUGGUCUGACUGAUCUCUACUUGCAGUUUACUCUGACGUCUCACGCUAUUAGAGUGUCAGUUCUUGUGGUGUAAAUAGAGCUGAAUGCCUUGGCUAAAUAAGAAUUUUGUGUAAAUUUUUCAUCUUCUUUGUGACUCCAUCCCAUAUCCUUUCAACUUUUACGUUUUGCUUGUUGUUUUGUUAAGGUUGAGAGCGCACUCGCUUUGUGCUCGUCGAUCUGAGCUCUCGACAGAGGAUAACCUAAUAUCUGCUGUCGACAUCGACAUCCCUUCUGUUGUGUCGUAGUUAAAUUAUUACGUCCCAACAUGGAUGAUCUACAGAAUUAUAAGUUGCAGCUUCAGCAAGUUGAAGCUGCACUUACGUCAGAUCCAGAUAACCAAGAAUUGUUGAAGUUGAAAAUUGACUUGGAAGAAGUCAUUGAACUAACACAAGACUUGAUAAAAACACAACAACAAGAGAAAAAACCAGAAACAGAUGAAAAAAACCCAGAAGUAAUAGCUGCUUUAGCAAGUAAAUGGAAAGUUGGUGAUCAGUGCAUGGCACCAUGGAGCGAGGAUGGAAAAUAUUAUGAAGCAACUAUAGAUUCAAUAGGUGAGGAUGGAGUUGUAAAUAUAACUUUCAAUGAAUACAAAAAUAAAGAUGUUACAAUGCUUAGUCAGCUGAAAUCUAUGGCUAAAAGACCUGCCUCAGAUUGGGCAGAACAGAAAUCCAAGAAGAAAAAAAUGCAAGUAUCUGCGAUAGCUGGUAUGGAUCCAACUAAACAGCGUGAGUACUUAAAAAAGAGGAAACAGAAAAAACAGCAACGUUUCAAAGAAUUAGAGGAAGAAAGGGAACAGGAGAAAAACAAGUGGUUGGCGUUUGCAACUAAAUCAACGAAAAAGGGUGUAGUCAAGAAAAGUAUAUUUGCGACUCCGGAAAGUGUUAACGGUCGUGUAGGUAUAGGAACUUGUGGCAUCAGUGGCAAAGAAAUGACGAAAUAUACAAAUGGAGAAAAGUGGCGACGUGGAACGUAAAUGUACAAAAGCUCUUGUUGCAAAUUAUUAUUAAAUAUAAGUCUAGGUAAAUUUCAUCAAAUUUCAUCAUAACUAAUUAUAAUUAUAUUUGUAUUUGUAGUUAUAAUUAUAUAAUAAUACCUUAUUACUCCGAUUAUGGUCAUUAUAAAUCUUACCUAAGAUUGCGUGAAAUUAUUAUUAUAUGUAAAAUAAGUGUUUGAAAGUUUGUAUGUUUGAACCUUUGAACAAAUCCUUUUCUUUAUGUUGAUGAAUAUUAAUGGAGUGCACAUUGUAAUUUACUUUUUGCU